CCCAGGAAGCAGCUAAGCUGAGCUAGUUAGCAAGAGCGCAAGUCGAUAUCAAGAUGGGCUUCUUGCACUUGAAUACCAGUAAUGACAUUUUGCACAGUUGCGCGGCACACGACCUCACAGAUUUUAAAAACACCAUUUUCUACAACCUCACCGGCUCCUACGUCGCCCAGUUCAACCACACCACCACCUUGCUCACCUCCAUCAUCAUGUUCGUCCUCGCAGCGCUCUUCUUCAACCUCAACCUCUUCAGUAGGCUCUCCGACGUCAGCGCCAUCCUCGACCCCAGCGUCCGCCUCUUCAUCACCUCCGCGCUCUCCCUCUUCCUCCCCGUCAUGUCCUACCUCUUCUCCGAGGCCAGGAACGCCACCGGCGGUGCCCGCUCCAAGUUCACCGACGAGUUGCCCCUGCGAGCCCGGCUCAUCCUCAUCUGGAUGCUCCUUGUGGAGCUCCUCCGCAAGAAGGCCGAGGAGAUCCACAUGCAGGGUUACUCCGGCACCAUGGACCGUGUGGGGCGUGUCCUCUUGCUGGGGAGCUUUGUCUUCUUCCACCUGCAUGAUGCUGGCAAGCGGUCCAUGCUGGGCAUCCUCUGGCUUCUCUGUGCCACAAGGCUUGUACAGAGGAUCGUCUUCACCGAGGUCGGGAAACGCUCCCUUGCCUACGGUGUAGGCAAGAAUGCUCGGCUCAUCACCUCCUACAUGGCUCAAGUGCUCGAAGAAGAUCAAAUGGAGCACCGUCACCAUUGCCUGGAUGGAGACGAGCUACUCAGGGGGUGCAAGUACGCGGUGAUGGAAGAAGAGAAUCUGGUGGUUCAGGCCAGCCCGGAUGGCUACCGCCUAACCAGCGACGCCGCCGCCGUCACCGUGGGCAAGAUCUGGGGGCUUGCCGAGAUCUCUUCCCUGGACGGAGAUAAACGUCUGAGGCAGCUCUGCCUCUCCUUGGCACUCUUCAAGCUGCUGCGCCGGAGGUUCGAGCGCCUGCCGGCAAUGACCGCGGCGGAGACCCGCAGCUACCGGGAACUCAUCUUCAAAGGUAUGCGCAGCAACAUAGAGAAAGAGACAGCAGAGGCAAACACGGGCAUGGCGGAGGCCCUGUUCCGGCUGACCAACGACGAGCUCAGCUUCCUAUGCGAGUAUUACCACCCGGUUGUCCCCGUCGUCCUGGCAAGUCCCUUCUUCCUGCUCGCCAACUACUUGCUGCUCCCGCUGCUCGUCUUGGUCCUCUGCCUCGUACUCAUCGUCCUCUGCACCAACGGCGACGUCGGCUACGCCCGGGACAGCAUCAAGGACGACAACUAUUUACUUUCUUCAGCGUAACGUACCACUAUGAUGACCGGGUGCCUGCCUAAAAUCUUUACUUCCCGCUUAGUUUUCUUCUCCUUCUUGGACUUCUCCAUCACCUCGCUCCUAUUCCUCAUGGUUGUCUACGAGGAAGUGUGGGAGUUCCUCGUCCUCGUGCUCUCCGACUGGUUCAUGGUGUCACUGCUCUGCAAGUACGCUGUGAAACCCGACGGGCGCCUUGGCCACGUCUUCCGUUGGGCCAUCCACGGCAUCACGGGGAUGCGAAGCGCAAUGCAUCGCCCACACAUUAGCUUCAACCAGCUAUGUGUCGUGAGGUUUUGCUGGCUAGCAAUGCCGUUUUCGUUCUCGCUCUCUUCGAGGUGGAGCAUUCUACAUCUUCUGACGAUCAUGCUCAGGCUCAGAGCCUGUCCAAGUACUGCGCUUACCUGGUGGCCAUCCACCCGGAGCUGCUCCCCGAAUACCAGGAGAGCACGGAGCUCGUGUUCAAGGACAUGAUGCUCGAGCUGAGUCGCGUUCUCGGGUUCUGGCGCUGCUACUUCUCGACGUGUGUCAACACCCGGUACAACAAGAUCAUGGGUGCCGCAAAGAAGCCGAGCAGCACCCCAAGAAACUACUCGUCGUCUACGUCGGUGAAUAAAGCCCAGAAUGCCCAGGAUUCUGCUCGUCGUCUACGUCGCGCCAUCCAGCGACGAUGGUUGUAUAAUGGGGCACGAGAAACUACUAGUCAAGGGUGGCGAGUUCAUCACCAUGAUCUGGACGCUCGCCUCGCACGCUGGCAUAAGCCGUCCAGCCGAUAUACCACGGGCGGACGUCGCAAUCGAACGUGUGACUGAUGUUAUUGUAUAGAUUACCAGGAGCUCUGGAUCGGUCUGUGUCUAUUUUAGUGUGGUGGUACGUGUGCA